AAUGCCUCCAGGAAUGGGGCAUCCACAACCUCCUUGCACAACCUGUUCCAGUGCAUCACCACCCUCUGGGUGAAAAAUUUCAUCUUAAUAUCUAAUCUAUCAUGAUCCACCCUCAUGAACAGCCGUUCCCUCUCCUGUUUAUAUGCCCCCUUCAAGUACUGGAAGGCCACAAUGAGAUCUCCCUGGAGCUUUCUCUUUUCCAAGCUAAGCAAGUCCAAUUCCCUCAAACUUUUCUCAUAGGAGAGGUGCUCCAGCCCUCUGAUCAUCUGUAAUUUGCAGUUUUCCAGCUUCCACACCAUGGCCAUGAGGAGCUGGGGGAGGUGAGACCUCUGUAGAAGCAUAAUAUGCAUAGAAACAUUAAUAUGCAUAAUGUUCAGAUAUUUACCAAAUGCUGACCAUUAUUUUGAAUAGAAAACAGGGAGAGAAUGAGAAGCACACUGCCUGAAUUAUAAUUUAGUGAAUACACUAAAUUAUUAUGUAGAACAGGAAAAGGAUUUUGAAUCUAAACAAGUUGAUGUGGAAAUGCUUGCUGAGCAAGCUGAAAUUAGUGUCCCUGGAACACAUCAGCUUUAAUAACUGUUUAAUUACUUUAUUGAGACUUGAAGUACAAACACGGUGCCCCAUACCCACUACUUGCAUUCUGCCUGCCCUGGGGAGGGGUGUGUCCACCAAACCCCACAUUUCUCUCUUCCAGAGAGAUUAUCCCAAUUUGACCCAUCCUAAAAAAGCUGAAAAAUCAGAACGUAGGGUAAGAACACUAAUGUGCCCAACAUCAGCUUCAGUUCUGCUCUGAAUGAAUGCUCAAAGUUAUUGGCACUGAAAGAUGGUUAAUCACCACCAUCAACUGUUUAAUUAAUCUGAAACAAUACUUGGAAUUUUCAGUCACUACGCUAGCUGAUCCAGAGCUUUUGCACAAAGAGCCCAUAGGAAAUGUGCUUCACCUCACAGAAGUCAGCUUUUUCUUUCUCUAGUUUUGAACAAGAGAGAAAAUUCAGCCAUUACCAUUGCUGCUCACCUGUGUAGGUGGAAACUUGAUGACCUCUUGAUUUCUGGUUUGGAAAGACAACUUUGAGAACUGUAUCAUGUUUUCUGAAGCAGCAUGGUUUGUUUACCAUUUCCACCUUAUCCACGAAGCAUGCAAUCUUCACACUGUUGGUCCUGGAAACCAUUCCCAAAAGGACAAAUUGGAAGCACUCGGUUCCACCUUUGUCCUGACAGCUUCUGUAAGUAUUUUUCUGCCUGCUAACAUCUUCCCCUUCCGAAGUAGAUGUUCUCUCUUCCGUCUCAGUAACCCUGUCACUUAAAUCUGAAGAGCCAUUUUUAUUCCUGUUAGAUCUUCUGACAUGUACUGCAGUACUUACAGUAUAUUUUCUCCUCCGCUGAUGCCACUAAUGACAUUUACAUUUCUAUGUCAUCUUCUGAGGCAGUUUCCCUCCCUGUCAUGGACCCUGAUGAGGGCUAUUCCUAAAGAGCAUGUUUUCUUUUUCUGCACAUAACCAAUUUUCAAGGAACUGUUAAGGACUGUGCAAAUGUGCAAGGGGAGGUUAGGAAAGGUUGGGUAGAGGGAGAAGUGUGUUCCAUGGUGUUACCAACACAAUCCUGCUGGGCCUUCACUGCUUCGUAGUCCCAUAUCUGGUUAAUCUUUACCCAAGUUUAGCAGAGGGGUAGGAAAGGCAUUAUUCAUUCUAAUGUGAGGACAUAAAUGCUAUGUAUCUAAAUAACAGCAGAUGGAAAAAAAGCAGCAGAUUCUCACUCCAGAAAGUGCAAGCCAAAAAGCUCUGAUCAUUGCUCACCCUGCUAAAUCCUGCUCAGUAACAGAAGUUAACGUGUGCUGAAACCCAGCUGGAAGAUUUUAAUUUGCUUCUAAGAGACCAAAUUGCUUCUCCCUGAGCCCAUCUGAGCCCAGAGCUCUAAGUGAGCUUUACAGGGCAGCUUUGUUCAAAUUAUGAUAAUAGUCCUUUGUGAAAUUUCCAUCUCAAAAUGGGAUCACCAUUACCAGUUCAAACAGCUGUCCCCAGGAUGCCUCCUUCCUGCUCCCUCCCUUCAAAUUAAGGCAUUGAAGGCUAUGACCAGUCACCUAGCUCAUGAAGGAAGUGUCCAGUGAGGCAGAAAUUGUGUCCUUUAAGGAGGGGACACCCAUGGGUGGUGUGAAAACAGUACAGAGCCACUUUGUUCUUUGUAUACAGUAGGAAUAGUAAAUAAAAAUCAGACAUUUAUGUGGCUGGAAGAUGAGUGUUUAUGUUGUUGAUUUUUCCAUAUUCCUGGCCUCAACAGUAAUAUGACAAAGAGGAGUCAAGUUAUUGUGAUAACUGAGUUCAGAGUGUCCUUUCUUAGUCUCAGACUGUGACUUUUUUUUUAUCUCCCAGCACCUCUGCUCCAGGUGAAAGCAUUACUUCUGGUGCCUCUGGCAAUCGGUGCUGAAGCAUCCUGCUUAUGGGGCUCCUCCUUCCUGACACGUUCCCAAACGUUUCAGAUCCCCUCCUGCAUUCAGCCCGAUGCUGUGAGCUACCAGCGCCCAUGUGCACCACAACACUGAGCAGCCUCAGUAAAGCCAACUUAGCGCAAGCACCACAGGACCCCAAGGCACUUCCCGAAAGCCGGGGGAGUACAGUGCAGGGGGGGACCAAGAGAGAGGCUUUGCAUAAGGGCACACUCCAGCGGCAUUGCAGCGUCUCCCAAGGCUGUGCUCCCCGGGCUCGGCGCUGAUCUGUCCGCUGGACAAAGUCCCAGCCCCGGGCCGCACUGCCCGUCGGGGGAGCGAUCUGACAGGGCUCUGCAGCCCCACUCCCGGCAGUUGCCAACGGAACCGCGGCGGCCGUCAUCACCCCCAGACCCAAAGCCAACCCCCGGACCCGGCGGCGGCCCCUGUGGGCGGUGCGUGUACUCACGGCUGCGAGGAGGAGGAGGAGAAGGAGGAGGAAGAGAAGGAGAAGGAAGAGCAGGUGUGCCUUGCAAUCAGGGUCCUCCUUCCCCCUCCUCGCGUUUUCUCAAGCCCUGAGCCCCCCCGCUCCUCGCGCAGGCUGCGGGGCCGGGCCCACGCGUGCCCGCCGUCACACGUGGGAGGGAGCGGCGGGGCUGCUGGCGGGGGGGCUGCGCCUUGCCAUAACCGAGUGGCCGGCUGAGCGCGGCGCUGAGCGGCUCGGGGGCGGCAAGAGGCAGGCAGCAGGCUCCCGGCGCCGCCGUCCUCCGCGGAAGCCGAGGAGGAACCGAGCCGUGCCGGCCGUCGGUGCCUCGCCGCCGGGAAGCUUUACCCACGGCUGGGGAGAGACCACAGCGGUCAGCGCACACCGUCGGUAUGGCGCGUACUAUGAGACCCGACGACAUCAACCCUCGGACAGGGCUGGUGGUGGCUCUGGUCAGCGUCUUCCUGGUGUUUGGCUUCAUGUUCACCGUGUCCGGCAUCAAGGGGGAGACCCUGGGGGACAUCCCACUGCUGGCCAUCGGGCCAGCCAUCUGCCUGCCAGGCAUUGCUGCCAUCGCCCUCACCAGAAAGACUGAUGGCUGCACCAAGUGGCCCAAGAACAAGUGUCCAUGCUGUAAAGAGAUCAGAGACCGGGACGUGAUGGAGCUGCUGAGAACUCCUUCAGACCUGGAAUCUGGUAAGGGAAGCUGCGAUGAACUGGCCAAGAAGGUGUACCAGAGGGACCGGAGAGUGUUGCUGGGUGAGGACUUGGUGUCCGUCUGCACCACCACCACCACCACCACCGCAGAGUGCAAAAGCCUCAUCAGAAAGGUGGACCAGGAGGAGAUGCUGAAGUACCUGGAGACCUGCUACCCGGAGAUGCCGGGGAAUGUGUUUGUGGGAGAUGGCUCCACAUACAGUGCCUUAGAGAAGAAGAACUCUUCUCCCAGCAGGGACAACGCUGCUUGCCCAGAUGUCGAAGACAACAUUUUUGUUGCCCCCAAAGACAGUAUCAUUGUCUGCUCUUACAAGGAGAACAACCCUUACGACAAAUACUGUUGUUACAUAAACCCUACUGGAGUCGCUUCGGACCAGGAGACCAUAGUGUGAACAGUGCAUACUUUAUAUAUAUGUAUAAAACAAAAACUACAACAACUUCUUGAUAGGGGAUAAUAUAGCUGACUGCACUGCAUGGACAAUCCUGAUACUAUUACAAUUUAACCUGGUAUGUGACUGACACUCAAACCUUUUGUGCCUGAAAUAACUUUCUGUAAGUAAAUAAGCAUGUUUAAAGGUUAAAGAAUUCAAUUUUUCAUUUUGGAAAAAAAAAAAAAAAAAUCCAUUUCGGUUUUCCUUUCUGCCCUUUCCUUUCUUACAUCUUCCUGCUGCUCACUGUACACAGACCCACAGAUACAGAGCAGGAGGUCAACAGGGAUCAGGAGCUGAACCAGGAUUCUGGAUCUGUCUGUAGGAAGGAUGGGGGCUUGAAGAGGUCUUAGCAGUAGUGUUGCUUUGUGUGGGGAGGGAUGGAGAGAUGUCAGCAUGCCCUCCAACCACUGGCUGAUGUUGGGAGGUAUGGAAGCAGUUUGCUUCUUCUUCUUCCUGGCAGAAUUUUAUUUUCCUGUUUCAAGAAACUGAUGUGCCAACUCUGUGGGCUCUUCUGAAAAUCUUCAGGAGCUACACAGGCUCAAGGGAGCUUUCGGAAGGAUAAUCCAUUAACCAUUGCAUGAAAGGUACAAGUUUAACUCACUGAUAUAGAGUUCACUUGAAUGUUUCUAACACUUUUGGGUUUUGUAGGCAUACUUGACAAGGGGAUUGCAGUGUGUUCACGGCACAGUUCUUGCAGGGAAUAGGAGCAGAUGUCAGUGGAGUCGAGAUCUUAAAAAUAUAUUUCAGUAACUCUUAGGAAAUAGACUUAUAUGGGUUUUGCUCAGUGCUGGAUUUGACUGUUCAGAAAAUGUCAUUUUUUAUGUGCCUUUUCUACCAUGCCAUGGCUGAUGAAUGAUCACAGUUCAUACAGGGGUGGAGGAAUCUGAGGACUUGGCUGACAAAUGGUUUUGUUCACUAUGUAUGGAUACAUAGCAUGAGAAAUACAAGGUAACAGAAUUAACCAUUCAAAACCCGUGGUUUACACACAGAAAUGCAAAUUCUGCCUCUUCUCUCCCACAGAAGAUUGCAUAUUCCAUGUAGUGUAUGAAAUUUUAUUAGCAGUCAUGUAGGUAUCACAGAGACGUGAUAUUGUGUGAUGUGUAUGCUGAACAGCUACUCCAAGGGCUGAGCCUCUAGUCUAAGGGUUACUAAAGCAUGGAGUCAUUUGCAAGCAGCUCUUGGUUCCUGGCUCCUAUAAUUCAUAACCACUGCAAAAAGUUCCUCUGUGAUAGAAGACCUUACAAUGCUCUCAUUUCAGCAUUUUUCAAUCCGCUGUAACUUGCAUCAGGCAAAAAAAAAAAA